UCUCUCUCUCUCUCUCUCUCUCUCAUAAGCACACACAUUCCUUCACUCAGUUCGUUUCUGCGAAUUUGUUGAAUGAAAAAAAAGGGGGGAAAAGAGGGGAAAAUGGGAAGACUACCAUGUUGCGAUAAAGGCGAGGUGAAAAAAGGUGCUUGGACCCCUGAAGAAGACAGGAUACUUCUCGAUUAUAUCACUAAGAACGGCCAUGGCACUUGGCGUUCUUUCCCUAAACUUGCAGGUCUCCGGCGAUGUGGAAAAAGCUGUAGGCUGAGAUGGACAAACUAUCUUCGUCCUGAUAUAAAACGUGGUGCUUUCACUUUUGAAGAAGAGCAAACCAUUUUCCAGCUGCAUACCUUGCUUGGUAACAAGUGGGCAGCUAUAGCAUCAAGGCUGCCAGGAAGAACAGACAACGAGAUUAAAAACUACUGGAACUCUCAUUUAAGGAAACGCAUCCCAAAUUUACAAGCCAACUCAGAUUCCAUGUCAGCAGAAGAUAUAAAACCCAAGCUCCUGUCAACCAGCCACAUGGCAGAAUGGGAGAGUGCCAGGGUGGAGGCAAUGGAUCCCGUUGUUACUGGUGGAGGCGAUUGUGACUACUUUAUGAAAGCGUGGAAUUCUGUUGGUGGUGAUGCGUUUCAAAGAGGAAAGGAAUCGGAAUCGGUGAUUACAAUGCAAGCUGAGGAGGGGACGAAUAGUAACUCGUACUCUCCAAACUCUUAUAAAACAGAGAAGUCAUCUGAUAUAACGUUGGAUCUGUUGCUUGAUUUUCCAAAUGAAGGGGAAUAUCUAGAAUAUUUAAAUGAUAAUUCGGCUUAGAAAAUGUUUGGUUGUUUGUAAUAGGUAAGCCUUCCUACUUAUUUACUCUAUAAGACUUGUUAGGAAUCUGAAACUUCUUGAUAGAAAUGUUACUUUUGAAACUUGGUUGUUACAUAUGUAUAUAUUUUAUUUUGUUCUAGGUACAAAA